AUGUGACACUUUGUCCGUUGUUCAUAUAGAGAUACAGCUAAAUUUACUUCAAUGUUGUGGAAGAAGCAGUGAACUUCAGAAAUAAAUGUCCACUUCAAGUUCUUUAUGGAGGGUAAAAUUAAUUCUUCCAGACUUUCUACGAAGACUUCUCAGGUUUUGGUGCAGCCCCUGGAUGAUUCAAAGAUAAGAAAUUUGCUUCAUAGUCUACAGGAUGUAGUGAAAUCAGCUCUUGGACCUUCUGGCAGACUGAAGUUCUUUCAGACAUCCGGUGGUGGUCAUGUUACUGUAACUUCAACAUCAAGCAAAAUUCUUCACAGUUUGUCUGGUUUGUCACAUCCCAUAUCAAGAUUGAUUCUCUCUGCUGUUAGAGGUCAUCUAGAUACUUAUAAUGAUGGUGGUUUAAGGACAGCAUUGCUCAUGUUAAGCUUGAUACAAUCAGCCAUUGACAUGCCAAUUCCGAGAGUGCUAGUGACUGAGAUCUUUGAACAUUCGCUUCAAGUCUUGUCGGAUCACCUUCAAUCUUGUGUCUGGAAAAUGAAGGUGGAUAUUGGACACAUGAAAAGCAUGAUGUCUGUUGUGAACAGUAUUGUUGGUACCAAGCCCGCUUGCCAUCUUAGUGAAUCAGAGAAGCAAUAUAUCACUGUAUUACUGAUCAAGGCUUUUCUCCAUUCUUUGCCAAGUAAGACAUCCAAGGAUUCUUCAUGUCCAGUUUUGACACCUCUUCCAGUCCAAAUAGUGACUUGCGAGGGAGAUCCUGUGAAUGAAUCCAAAAUUUUACAAGGUGUCCUUUUACAAGCUCCUAAUAUUCCUUCCUUUCGAUGUAGCAAGACACUCAUAAGCCAUCCUACCAAGGUUGCUUUGUACAAUGUAUCAAUGGCAGGAGAUACUGAUGAAUGGUUUGACAAUAGUGUGAAGACAGAGGCAACAAUAUUUGGUCAUGAUUCUAAUAUAGAGAGUGCAGUCCUGGGUCAGAUGUUAAAGGUUGCUGAUUGGUUAAUUGAUACUGGGGUGGCAGUUGUUGCUUGCCAGAAGUGUGUGCAUCCUACAGUCAAGCAGUACUUGCAAGAUAAGGGUGCUUUUGUGAUGGAUCGUGUCUCGAUUGUUCACAUUACAGCUGUACAGAGACUGACUGGUGCUACAACCCUGAGCACAUUCACCUUGGAUAUUCCUGUGUCAAACUUUGGACAACUGGAGAGGAUUGAUCAUGUGGUGAUAAAUGAUAAGAGCUACAUUCAUCUGUUUCCACAACCAUCAUCCCAAUCCUCUCCUGUGUGCACCCUUCUGCUAUGUUCACCAGAUGAAACUUCCCUUGAGGAACUCAAGUUAGUUUGGCAAGCAUCUAUCAUUGCAUUACAUGAGACACUUAAACAACCCUAUGUUGUUCCUGGUGCUGGGUGUCUGGACACACACUUAGCAUUAAUGCUAAGAAUGUAUGGGAGCAAGUGUAGUUCAGAGAAAUCAAGAGAUUUUGGCUGCUCUAAAGGUCAGUUUAUGUCUGUUAUCAAUAAUGUGGCCCUCUGCUUGGAAUCCCAAGCCAAGGACCUGGAACAUGAUGGUGGGAGUGACAUCAUUGACUCUGCCAAUCACCACCAUUGGAGUCUUCCUCCUGGAGCACUGGAAUUGAAACCCAGCAUGCCUCACUGCGUGUGUGGACUGGUGUCACAUGACCAGUCAUUAGAAUGGAGCAUGAUGGGAGAUGCUGCAGACACCUUAUUUGGUGAUAGGGACAUGUGUUGCGCUGGGAAUAGUAGCAAAAUAUUUGAGAAUGUUGUUUUGGAUAUCUACUCAAUGAAGAUGAAUUCUUACAAAAUAGCUUUUGAAACUGCCAAUGCUAUACUAAGAAUUCAAAGUGUAGUUUGUAGCAAUGUGGUGUAAAUAUCAAAUUAAGUGGUAGCAUAGAGACAAGAAGUAAAAAAUACAAUAAAUUAUUGUUUUAAUCAGACCGCCUCAGAACAGUCCACCUUAGUAAGUUCGUUACUCACAGUUACAAUAGGGCUUGAUUGUUUUUGUCUCGUCAUGCCAAGUGUGUUGUGUUCUGUGUAGAAUUGAGUGAAUUUUAUCGUCUCCCUUGUAAUUUAGUGUUUAACACUACCAAAGGGUUAAAUAAACUGAUUAUUUAUUUA